UCGGUGGGCAACGCAUCCGCCUCUUGGCCUCAGCCCUGUCUUGGAUUGAAAUAAACCCCGGUGGACUGGUCUUUUUUCUGUUUUGGAGUAGGCCUCAAGAGUGCCGAGUUGGUUGCAAAUAGACUUGUGUGGGCAACGGCCCAACAAAAUCUCCUCCAUCUCUGGCUUGGUGUUUACCCCUCUUUGUUUGGGUCUUGUUUUCGGCGGAUCCGCGACACAUACACACGUCGAAGGGGACGGAGGAAGAUGGGGAUGUUCCUGGCCAAACUGAUGGGACUUUUCUGUAACCAAGAGCACAAAGUUAUCAUUGUUGGGCUGGACAACGCAGGGAAGACAACCAUCCUUUAUCAGUUCCUAAUGAACGAGGUGGUCCACACAUCACCCACGAUCGGCAGCAAUGUGGAAGAAAUAGUCGUGAAAAACACUCAUUUCCUAAUGUGGGACAUUGGCGGCCAAGACAUGUUGCGAUCAACGUGGAGCACGUAUUAUACAAACACUGAGUUCGUCAUUCUAGUUGUGGACAGCACAGACAGAGAGCGGCUAACACUUACGAAAGAGGAACUCUACAAAAUGCUGGCUCAUGAGGACCUCCGAAAGGCGGCUGUGCUGGUAUUUGCCAAUAAACAAGACAUGAAGAAUUCCAUGUCGGCAGCUGAGAUUUCCAAGUUUCUAACACUAACGUCCAUCAAAGACCAUCCAUGGCACAUCCAGGCCUGUUGCGCACUCACUGGUGAAGGACUGGGUCAAGGGCUGGAGUGGAUGACACUGAAAACAGCAGCAAAAUAGAGCUUGGUGCUGGGCAAGCAGAAAAACAAACUGUCUAAAGAAAUGACUCACCUAUAAGCAGCUGCAGGAACAGAUAUGGAUCCGUGCCUUGUUUUUUAGAGAAUUCUUGAAACACGAGAAGGCCCCUGGCUGGAACACUUGAAUUGUGACGCACAGAGUCCUUCACUUUGAACCUGCAGGCACAGAAGCUGAAGGACAACCAUCUUGGUGAAAGCCUGAGGCAAACCAAUAUACUGGGAAUGCUGGAUAAAAUCAUGGAAAAAUGGUUUGUGCUGGAUUUUAAACCCCUGCCAUCCAAGGGGCAGAAUGAGUUCAUUUUCUGGGAUUUCCAGAAAACAAAAAACAUGGAAGUCUUCAUGUUGCAAUGUUAAACAGAAAAGUGAGGGCAUAAAAGCUUCUUGCAAUCAGCAACACUCCAAAGUUUCUGUGGUAACUUUAAGUAUGUGGUCAAUGCGCAUGCUGAGCUGGCUUGGUGAUUGUUUCCAGUGAGUCGGAAACCAGAAUUGUGCGUGGCCUGAACCUCAGGAUGUGUUUUCCAUUCAUCUUGACCAGCAAGAGUAUUUAAUUUUUGAACCUCAGGAACAGUUUGGCUCCUUGAUUAACUUGCUAGAGUUUUUAUUCUAUCAAACGAAGCACCAUUAGAUCACUGAUCAGUAUUAGUCUGUUCUAGGGCUUGAAUCAAUAGUCAGCUUUGAAGCUUCAAUAAAAUAGAAAAGCUUUUAUACUUCUCAUUCAAAGCUAGACUGUGUACUGCCUCAAAGAUGAUGGGAUGCAGGAGUGAAUUGCUGCUGUCAUCAACAACUUAGACAUGGAAAUUUUUGGAAGACAGAUGAACUUCAGUCAUGUACCUCAUUACUAUUUUGAGUGGUUAAAAUUCAACAUCUGUCCUUUUCAUUAUAGAACUCCUUAUUUUGUUGAACUCCCCCUAUUGCUUACUGUCAAUGGGAAAAAUGAACCUACAAAUUCUCAAUACUAAUUAUUGUCAAGGACAGUUAAAACCUGCUUUUAAGCCAGCCUUAUCAGUGUAGUGAGUGAAAGAGUGACUGAGUUUCGGAUAAUUUUAUGGUGAUGGGAAUCAAGAGCCAGGAAAACAUGAAAAAAGUUAAUGGAUUGAGGGCUCAGUACCAUUGUGGAGUUUCCUGUUUAAGCGAGCAGCAGAUUCAGAAGUGCACUUGAACAGAGAGACACUUCUAGAAAUCAAAUGGCAGAUGUAACUUAUGUAAUGGCUACUCCAUUACCAAUGUGAAGGGUAGAGAUAAAGAGAUUGCUUCAAUAUGAGCAUGGUCCCAAAUGUAGAGUAACUCCUUCAGCAUCUGGAGAGGUUGGCAUUCUGAGCCUUUGCCAGUAGUAGUAACUCUGCCUUUAGUCUUUCAGAUACUGAUAGACUUGUGAUGUAUUUUCAGCACUAACUUUAAUGUCCAGUUGUUAUACAGUUUAUUUGCAAUCAGUGUGCUUUGAAGGGAUUUUGGAGAAAAUUUGCAAUGUAAUUCCUUUCAAAUAAUGUAUUUAACUUGUAAAUCACAUUCUGGAUUAAUGGGGUUAAUCCUUAGUUUGAACUUUUUAAGUUAAUCUUGGUAUCUGGCUUCACCUAGCCCUGUAAUGUGUUACAAGAACAGUGCAGCUUCACUCACAUUGAAUCAAAUUGAUCAUUUCAUGGAAUCAGCAGAGGCUGGAAAGAAAAGGAAAAGCUGAACAAAUGGUAAUAAGUUAGAGUUUAGAAAAAGUUUGUACUAUGAGGAGGAAUUGACAUUGUAACUACAACAAAGCUCUGAGCCCCUUGCAUGAGCAUCAGGAGAUGAAACUGAGUUGACUUUUUUCCCUGUGAUGAAUGUGCCUAUUCAUGACCUAUUCCAGCAGAAUCUAGGAAAAUAGUUAAUCAGAAUUGUGUUUUUUUUCCUCCAAUCAGCAGCUUGCCUGCACACUUCACUGUCAGGGCUCCUUGUGUAGGCAUCCUACCUUGCUGCAGUAAUACAAAUUUAAAAUCCGUUUUGCUCUUGCAUGAAGAACCUAUGGCUCUUGUGCACAUGUCUAUAGAACCAAUUUCUUCCCUUGUGUCAAUCCCUAUUCAUAAGGCCCUUUUUAAACUGUAAGUUAGCAGGGCCCAAGCUAUUGUUGGGUACAGAAGGGAUGGAAAGUGUAAUCCUAUUUUGCAGCUAGCAAUCUAGCCUUUAGAAGAUCGUAUGAUUCAUUUAUUUCUGAACUCCUGGUUUUUGAGCUUUCUUCCCUCACUAGGACCAUCUGUCACUUUCCAGAGUGCUUACCCUAGUCCUGCCAUUAUCACAUUUUGCUUUCUUAAUGUCAUCAUUAGCACCUCCUUCAUCCAGUGCAACCACCAUUAA